GUGGGUGUCUGUCGUGGUCGCAGUCUGGUCACACUGCUCGCUGGCCUCGAUGUUAAGAAGUCCAAAUUUAACCAAAUCCAAGUUUACCGCCCUUUCCGGAUUCCUAUAACUGUCCUAUCUGUGCAAUAAAUCAGUCAACCCACCCGCCUAACAUGUCCUCCCCGUUGGCCGUCGAGAGAUGCUGCAGAUCCCAUAAUUUCGACAGCACUAGUUACAAACACAAGCGGUCAGCUUCCUCUUCAUCUGGCUCGACUGCUUCGUCCGGGCCCAGAGAACACUCAGGUAAAUCCAGAAGGUCGGACGUGGAUUACUAUGGCAGCCGUCACCACCAAAGUUCUGGAUCGCGUCGUCGCUCGCGCUCCCGUUCGCGCUCUCCCUCCGGCAUGGAGUCUCCGGCUCCUCGCCACCACUCCGGGCGCACCUCCCGCGACCGUCAGCGUAUGAUUCAAGCUCGUGAUCGCCCUCAGGCCAGCCGCUGCAUUGGAGUGUUCGGUCUGAACACGUUCACUACCCAGCAGAAGGUCCGUGAGCUCUUCAACAAGUUCGGGCCGAUAGAGCGCAUUCAAAUGGUCAUUGAUGCACAUACCCACCGCUCUCGAGGAUUCUGCUUUAUUUAUUUCGAGAAUCUCAGCGAUGCCCGUGUGGCUAAAGAUGCUUGUUCUGGAAUGGAGGUAGAUGAUCGCCGCAUCCGCGUCGACUAUUCAAUAACUCAGCGUGCUCAUACACCCACUCCAGGUGUCUACAUGGGACGCCCCUCCCGCGGUUAUGUGGGUCGCUCCCGUUCUCCACGUUCUUCACGGCGCCGUGACCGCUCCGGCUCACCUCAAGACUACAAUCGUCAGCGCAACAAUUAUCGGGGUGAUCGCAACUACAGGAACUAUCGAAAGAGUCCUAGCCGCCAUCGCUACAAUCGCAGUAAAAGUCAUUCUCGCUCUCGUACUCCCCGUCGCCACACUAAGCGCUAUUAGGAAUGGAGUAAAACUGAAACUCAUGCUCUAAGCAGCUGUUCGGCCCAACAGGAUUCUACCUUCCAGGUAGAAGCAGCAAGAUUCUAGGGUCUUUGGAAGAGCAUUCGACUGACAUUGUGCGUUUGGUGAAACCAUCAUCUCACUUUUGCAUUUGGUAGCGCUUCUGCGCCACUACAAAAAUUAUUAAAUUCACCAUUCGCCAAAAACUGAAGCAGUUUUUAUUUAUUUGACCAUUAACAUCAAACAUCGUUCAAUUAUGAUUACAUUUUUAUUAUCCGGCCGGAGUGCGGCCGAACAACCAUCCGCAGGCGCCGGCGCAGACUUGUGAUACGUAAUUAAGGAGAGCAGCUUACAUAUAAACUUACACUCUAAAACAGAAAAUAAUAUUAGUAUAUUUAUAACUGUGCAACUGAUACAAAAUAAAUAUAAAAUUGUACAAUUUUUAUGCCUGUUCCAAGCAUAAAUGAGAAAUACUCCCGUCUUCUUUUUAUAGAAGAGCGAACCAGUGAAUAAACCUUCCCCACAGAAA